AUGUCCUCCUCUCGCAUAACCGGCGGCAUUCUCCACGUCCCCGCAUCGACGCCAUCGCCUUCUUUUCAGCACUUCGACGAAUUGGAAAAAAAGAGCGGCGGCGGCAUAGACGAAGGAGAAGAAGAGAAACGAGAAGAUGAAUGCGAUGAUGGAACGAAUAUGAUCAUCAGAGAGAACGAUUUAGUCAUCGCGCACGUUGGUUUUGGCGACCAGAAAGCUAUGCGAGUGCGCGCGUCGGGUAACAAAACAAACGCAAAAAGGGCAGAAGGAAUGUUGCACACCUCCUACGGGAGUUUCUCGCACAAGAGAGACAUAACGGACAAAUCUAUUCGGUUCGGCGAGAAGGCGUUUUGUUCGAGCGCGAAGGGUUCGUCUUCCUCAGGCGGUCAGAAACCGUUCGUCUGGUGUUUAGCGCCUACGUGUGAACUUUGGACGAACGUGUUGGCGCACCGAACGCAGAUAUUGUACGCGUACGACAUAUCGUUGAUAUGCGCGUGGUUGGAUUUGAAGCCGGGGAAAGUCGUGUUGGAAAGCGGGACCGGGAGCGCGAGUUUGACGCAUUCAUUGGUGAGAGCGGUGGCAAAUGGUCGUGGUGGUGAUAGUUGUAGUAAUAGUAGUAGUGAUAGCGUUAGUAAAGGGCACGUGUUUACGUUUGAGUUUAACCAAUCUCGAGCGGACGCCGCCAGGGAAGAAAUCGACGAAAAUGGAUUGAAAGAGUAUUGCACGGUGACACAUCGGGACAUCGAGACGAACGGGUUCCCGAAAAAUUUAGAAACCGCGAAGAUUGCAGAUGCGGUGUUUUUAGAUUUACCCGGUCCGCAUAAGUGCGUGGAGAGCAGCGCGAAUUGUUUAAAAGAAGAUGGCGUUUUGUGCUCGUUUUCGCCGUGCGUGGAGCAGGUGCAGAGGACGUGCGUGGAGAUGCAAAAGUUCGGGUUCGUAGACGUCAAGACGGUAGAGAUGUUAGGACGAGAAUUCGACGUGAACGAACGAAAGUUUUUCACGGAUAUAGAAAAGGCUUCAACCGGGAAGUUUUCGAGAAAUUUGAGUGAAAGAGAUACGAAGUCGGUGAAAGAGGAGACGAAGAAAGCGAAGAAGGGUUUGAAUAGUAAAGGCGGCGAGGAAGAAGAGAGCGUGGCUCUCGUUUCGCAACGGGUGAGCGCGGUGCCUAGAUUUCAAGGACAGACGCACACUGGAUACUUGACGUUUGCACGAUUAGCACCGCUUCCAGAAGGGUGGACGAAAGCGUCCUGGAACGAACGCGCGGAGAUGAAGCGAGAGGCUGGGAAGGAGAUUCUGAGAGCGAAAGUGGAAAGGGACGAAGGGAGGAAAAAAAAUGCACCCGCACCGUCGAACUCUACGGGCAAGAAGAGAAAACAGGAGGACGUAGCCGCUGUGGCGCCAAUGACGAAUGAAACGAAAGUCCAUCACCACGCCGAUGAAGACGAGUAUUCGGAUUAA